GCAUUUAAGCCUGCGCUGGGCUGCCGAAAUAGUUGGAGGAAGGUUACUUGGGUGCACCUCUUUGUCUCCAUACCUGGCUGUUCUUUGCCACAGGUCUGAGGCGCCAUGAAGUGGGAGGGCUUCUAUGCCAUCGUUAUUGGGGUGAACCGCCAUGCCACAGCCAUCGGGCGCAUCUGGUUCUCGGUGGUCUUCAUCUUUCGCAUCAUGGUACUGGUGGUGGCGGCUGAGAGCGUCUGGGGUGAUGAGCAGUCCUCCUUCACCUGCAACACACAACAGCCCGGUUGCAAGAACGUCUGCUAUGACUACUACUUCCCCAUCUCCCACAUCCGUCUCUGGGCCCUGCAGCUCAUCCUGGUGACCACACCGGCCUUGCUGGUGGCCAUGCAUGUGGCCUACCAGCAACAUCAAGAGAAGAAGUUCCUGGUCAUAACCGGCCAUGCUGACGCCAAGCACUUGGAGGAAGUCAAGAAGCACAAGAUGCGGAUCUCUGGCUCGCUGUGGUGGACCUACGUCUGCAGUGUGAUCUUCCGCAUCAUCUUCGAGGCCACUUUCAUGUACAUCUUCUACAUGGUCUACCCGGGCUACCAGAUGAUCCGCCUGGUCAAGUGCGACGUCUACCCAUGCCCCAACACAGUCGACUGUUUCAUCUCACGGCCCACUGAGAAGACCAUCUUCACUGUCUUCAUGCUGGCCACCUCCGGCAUCUGCAUCGUCCUCAAUGUGGCCGAGGUGGUGUACCUCCUCAUCCGGGCCUGCGCCCGCCGUGUCCAGAAGCCCCACAACCCUUCCUCGGGCAAGGGCUCCUUCCUGGGCCAUAAGCUCUCCUCUGAGUACAAGCAGAAUGAGAUCAACCAGCUGCUGACGGAGCAGGACGGCUCCCUCAAGGACAUUCUCCGGCGAAACUCGGGGCUCCAGGAGAAGGGGGACCGCUGCUCGGCCUGCUGAGGGCCAUUGGGGACAUAGGAGGAGGGGGACCCCCUUCUGUGGGCCCCUAAGGCCUCCUGAGACUUGCCACACUCAUGCACUGCCAUGCGUACUUCCAUGACCAAUGCCAUCUUCCCAAAGACCUCCUUUGGUGGACUGUUGUGGUCUCCCUAGCCACCUGGCAUCUACCACAUUCUCAAUGACUUCCCAAAGUCCCCUUUUCUGUUGCCUUCAUGCUGCCAUGUGGCCGUUGCUACAGUCACAUCUUCCCACUGCUAGGCCUCUCUUGGUCCCUGCUUCAAUAGGGGACCAUUGGCCAGAACCUGCCUACGUGGAUGUGAUAGGAAUGGGGACCGUCACCUCAAUGUAGCCACUCUUCUUUGGCCUGUGGAGAGCAGUAUUCCUUGCAGCGUCAAGGCACAACAAUGCCCUUUCCACCUGCAAAACCCUUUCUCCUCCUCUGUUUCCUCCAUAUCUCCCACUCACGGCGGCCAUAGCACUCCCAGCUUCUUGGGCUCAGCAGGGAAAAGUGAACUGUAGCAUCAAGCCCAGCAUGGCACAAUCUUGUCCCUGUGUUUGCUCUUUGGGAGUCAUUGGAAUGACGUUCAGACCCACUGCUUGGUUCCUUGCACAUUGAAUUUUCUAUCCUGGGUCUGCCUUGAGUUGAAGACACCUGGAAACAUUUGCAGCCAUACUCAAUGCAAGGUGGUUGCUUUUUGCAGCAGGGUUUCUGUGACCUGGAUGGGUGCAACAAGGAGACGUGGAAAGGAUGGGGCUUCUCCCGGUUGCUGACAUUGCCUUGCAUGGUGUUCCCAAUGUGGAGGUCUCCCACUGGGAAAUGGUGCCAGGUCAAUGCUCUUCUUUAGCAGGGUACAAGGAGAGCGCCCAGGCUGCUGGAGUCGUCACUUGCUGCAAAACACACUGUACCAAAGCAGUUGCAGUAUUAAAAUGGUUUUACAGUU